GACUUCCACAGCUUUACCAAUUGGAUGAGCUGCGUAAUCUCUCUGCAAGAAAUGCCAUGAAACCACGCCGUGUGACGUCUCUCGCUUCUUGACUUCCACAUCCUUCGCUCGCCUACUCUCCCCACUUUCAUCUUCGUCUCUCCUACGCCACACGGUUCUCUGGCCAGACCUCAACCCAGUAAUGGCUUAGGGUUUCUCUAUUCUCUCCCAGGUAAGCAGAUUCUUCACCUCAAAUCCCAAAGUUUCAGUCUUUCAGUCUUAAUUUCCUCAACUUUCACUAAAUUCGAACUGGGUUUUCAUCAAUUUUCUCAAAAUUUUGAUUGACAUGGAUCCAAGUUCGUAUCAAUUGCCCAAUUCCAAUUCCAAUUUCAUCGACCAUACACUUUCCCCCAAUUUCAAUGAGUACCCAAGUAGCGACCCCUUUGUAGAUCUUAGCUUUGUGGACCAAAACCCUAGCAACUCUACUCUGUCGCCGAGCCUGAGCCCCGAGGGAGAUGACAGUGACUACUCUGACAGUGUGCUCAAGUACAUAAACCAGGUGUUACUGGAGGAGGAUAUGGAGACAAAGCCCUGUAUGUUUCAUGACCCUUUGGCUGUCCAAGCCGCUGAGAAGACUCUGUAUGAGGUUCUUGGUGGGAAGUUUCCGGCUUCUCCGGAUCAACACCCGGUUAAUGUAGAGAGCCCGGAUGGUUGUUCUUCUGCAACUUUCAGUGAUUAUAGUGGCAAGACUAGUUCUAGUUCUAGUUCUAACCCUACCACUAGCCAUUCGGUCGAUUCAUGGUGUAGUAGUGUUGAUGUUAUUGAACAUAAGCCCUCUAUUUUGCAAAACCCAAUUCCUGAAAACUUUGUUUUCCAGUCCAAUUCAAUGCCCAAGUCUCAGUUUUCGUCGAAAGGGGACGGCUUGGUGGGUUCUUAUGUGAGUGAGCGUAUGCUUUCUAAUUUGUUCAGUGAGAGUGAAAUGGUGUUGCAGUUUAACAGAGGGGUAGAGGAGGCUAGUAAGUUUCUCCCCAAAGGCCAAUUGAUUGUUGAUUUGGAGAAUAACAAGCCUUACACAAUGGCUGAUAGAAAGGCUGAAACUGUGGUGGUUAAGAUGGAGAAGGAUGAAAGCGAGUAUUUUUCUUCUAGUUUGAGAGGAAAGAAGAGUCAUGAGAGGGAGGAUACAGAUUUGGAGGAUGGGAGGAGUACCAAGCAAUCAGCGGUUUAUGAGGAUAUGGCUGAUCUGUCGGAGAUUUUUGAUAAGGUGCUAAUCUGCAGUGAGGGAAAACCCGACGCUAUUGGGUGUAAAGGUGAACAAGUCUGUCAGGAUGAAGCAAACAAGGCUCUGCAGCAGAAUGAGCAAUCUGUUGGAACUAGUAACGGAAGGACUCGUGCCAAGAAAAAUGGCGAUAAGAAAGAAGUGGUUGAUUUGAGAGCUCUCCUGAUUUUAUGUGCACAAGCUGUUUCUGCUGAUGAUCGUAGGACUGCUAGUGAGCUACUAAAGCAGAUUAGGCAGCACUCUUCCCCAUUUGGCGAUGGUUCUCAGAGGUUGGCUCAUUGCUUUGCCAAUGGCCUUGAAGCACGGUUGGCUGGCACUGGAACUCAAUUAUAUACUGCUCUAUCUUCUAAAAGAACGUCAGCUGCUGAUAUGCUGAAGGCUUAUCAGACUUAUAUUAAAGCCUGCCCAUUCAUGAAGGCCGUGAUAGUCUUUGCAAACCGCACAAUUUCAAAAUUAGCUGAGAAAGCAGAAACACUGCAUGUUAUAGAUUUUGGAAUCCUUUAUGGUUUUCAAUGGCCUGCUCUCAUCCAUUGCCUCUCAAGAAGAGCUGGGGGGCCUCCAAAACUACGCAUUACGGGAAUAGAGCUUCCCCAAAGUGGUUUUCGACCUGAAGAAAGAGUCCAAGAGACGGGUCAUCGUUUGGCAAAGUAUUGUGAGCGGUAUAAUGUUCCUUUCGAGUACAAUGGCAUAGCAAAGAAAUGGGAAACUAUCCAGUACGAGGAACUCAAAGUCAAGAGAGAUGAAGUGCUUGCAGUGAAUAGUCUGUUCCGGUUUUCUAACCUACUUGACGAGACAGUUGCGGUAAACAGCCCGAGGGAUGCUGUUCUAAAUUUAAUCAGGGGCAUGAAUCCUGAUAUUUUUAUCCUCAGUAUUGUUAAUGGAUCUUACAAUGCCCCCUUCUUCGUCACUCGCUUCAGGGAGGCUCUAUUCCACUUCUCUGCAUUUUUUGAUAUGUGUGAUACCAAUUUACCUCGUGAGGAUCCAACGAGAUUGAUGUUUGAGGAAGAGUUCCUUGGGCGAGAGAUUGUGAACACAGUAGCUUGUGAGGGCUCUGAGAGAGUUGUGAGGCCUGAGACAUAUAAGCAGUGGCAGGUUCGGAACACGAGGGCUGGGUUCAAACAGCUGCCAUUGGACCGUGAACUCAUGAACAAAUUAAGGUCUAAGGUGAAACUGGGGUACCACCGUGAUUUCGUGGUUGAUGAAGAUGGAAACUGGAUGCUGCAAGGAUGGAAGGGCAGGAUUAUCUAUAGUUCCUCCUGUUGGGUUCCGUCUAGGUCCUGAAAUGCAUGCUUGUUAGAACUGAAUUGACUUGCAUAAAUAGGCAGGUAACCAUUGAAAUUAACUUCUGUAGUUCUACAUAUAUAUGGUAGUGCUGUAUUUUGCAAUCACCAACCUGUCUUGGUGACUUUGUACUGGUUGCUUAUCAGUAUUCUAGUCUGCUUUGUUCGAACUUUCCCGGACUCUGAAUCCUUCCCUUGUAUAUAUAUCAUGCUAGCACUGCUUAAGUUUGUACUAGAAAGUUGAUUUACGGUGAACUAUUGUAAUAUUGAACAUUGUAGUUUUCUUUUUGUAUGUCUAAGUUGAAUCUAAUUGCCAAAUGAAAGCAACUUUUACUUUUUUG